GACGAGUGGUACACGCGAGUGUUCCGGAACUUUGCGGGCAAGGAGAAGGACCUGAUCGACUACCGCUGCUUCAGGGAAAUCGUGAAGCAGUGGGAUGAGCACCAUCAAAAGAAGAGAGAAAAACAGCAGCAGCAACAGCAGCAACAGCAGCAGCAGCUGCAGCAGCAGCAGUUGCAAGAGCAACAACAGCAAUUGCAACAGCAGCAGCAGUUGCAACAGCUUCAGGAGCAGCAAAUGCAGCAGCAGUUGCAGCAGCAGCAGUUGCAACAGCAGCAGUUGCAACAGCAACAGCUGCAGCAGCAGCAGCUGCAAGAGCAGCAGCUGCAACAACAGCAGUUGCAGCAACAACUGCAGCAGCAACAGCAGCAGCUGCCUCCGCAACAGCCGCUGUCUGCUCCUCCUGCACGAGAGCAUCAGCGGUCUACAUCAGGGCCAGGGUCGUUGCAGCCACCAGCGCCGUCGGCGGAUUGCUCAUCUGCGCAGAGUACGACCAGAUCAGUUUCUUCCGACCACGCGGCCACCUCCUCUCCAGCGCCCCACUCGGAGGUGCCUAAGGAGAGUGAUCGAGAGCCAGAAGAUUCGUCGGCAGGGCGGCGGCCAGAAACGGCGCCGCCUGCAAGCGUGCCCUCAGCCGGUAGAAGCAUCGCCGCAUCGCCUUCGGAUGAGUCGGAGGUGCAGCCCUUGGAUCUUCUGCGGGGCGCCAGCGGCCUCUCCCGCGCCACCGCGGCGAACAUCGCCUCGGAGGUGAUGUUCCCGACCCAUGUGGGCCGCCUGGCAAUCUUCGACGACUACCUCUUUUGCGGGGACGUGGGCUCGGGCUCUUUUGGCAAGGCCCGGGUGGGGACGUGA